AUGCCGAAGCUUUUGUACGAGAUUUCCAUUAAAACUUUAGCAUUAAAACCUAAACGACAUAUGAAUUUCUCAUUUCUGGCUUACGACAUUUACUCGGAAAAUGUCGAUGAAAAUAAAAUUUGUGGAGAAGUGAAAAAAAGAGUUUUAAGAUUUAUGGCAUUGAGGAAGGAGAGGUUAUUAACAAAGUUUACGCUUGGAUACCUGCUUGUAUUCAUUAGCACUGAUAAAUCAUCUCACAAAAUAUAA